AUGAGCGGUAAAUCCGCAAAAGAAUCUCCUAAAGGUGACGGAGACAGCAGUAGCAAUGAUGUGAAGUUACGGAAGUGCAGCGGAUCACAACGCACAGCUUCACAAAUUAUGGAUACAAAUUCAACUUCAAUGAGCGGAAUUUCAAGUCGAAGUACCACACUGAACGCAAAUGCUGUAUCAUUUGAUUUGGAUCAGGACAAGCGGGCCCAAAAAUUGCCUGAGCGAGACCAGUGGUCUGGUUCACUCGACUUCAUUAUGUCCAUGAUUGCUUACGCCGUGGGACUCGGUCAGUGA